AUGGCCACCGAAGUCAUGACCGUGCAGGAAAGGCAGAGAAAGCCAAAGGACGCCAACCUACCGCCAGAAAAUGAACGUUUCAUUCGAGCUUGUUCAGAUAUUGCCAGUUUCUUGGUGCAGGAUCAUGAAGCAAAUCAAGACCCAUCGAAGCCAAAGAAGGAUGUCAAUCUGAAUGCACUACGGUCGAAGAUGUCGAAGAAACACAGAUUAAGCAACAUUCCGCCACUUACAGCGAUUAUAGCUGCUAUUCCAGAACAUUACAAGAAAUACAUCCUUCCAAAGUUAAUAGCAAAACCAAUUAGAAGCGCGUCAGGUAUAGCUGUAGUAGCUGUUAUGUGCAAGCCUCAUCGAUGUCCUCAUAUCGCAUACACUGGAAAUAUUUGCGUCUACUGCCCUGGUGGUCCAGACUCCGAUUUUGAAUACUCGACGCAAUCAUACACCGGAUAUGAACCUACUUCGAUGCGAGCCAUUCGAGCACGAUAUGACCCAUUUGAGCAAGCGAGAGGCCGAGUGGACCAAAUUAAAUCACUGGGCCACAGUGUUGAUAAGGUCGAGUACAUUAUAAUGGGAGGAACGUUCAUGUCAUUGUCCGAGAAAUACAGACAUGGCUUUAUAUCGCAACUGCACAACGCCCUCAGUGGAUAUCAAGGCAAUAAUGUGGAUGAGGCAGUACAGGCUGGAGAAAUGAGCAAUAUCAAGUGCGUGGGCAUUACUAUCGAGACCCGGCCAGACUAUUGUUUGCCACCACAUCUUUCUGACAUGUUGCGGUAUGGCUGUACACGUCUCGAAAUUGGCGUUCAGUCUUUAUACGAGGAUGUCGCAAGGGAUACGAACAGAGGUCAUACUGUAGCGUCAGUUGCUGAAACCUUCUGUUUUGCAAAAGAUGCAGGUUUCAAGGUUGUCAGCCAUAUGAUGCCAGAUUUACCAAAUGUAGGAAUGGAAAGAGACUUGGAUCAAUUCAGAGAGUACUUCGAAAAUCCUGCAUUUCGAACCGAUGGGUUGAAGAUUUAUCCCACGCUUGUCAUUCGUGGCACAGGUUUAUACGAACUAUGGCGUACUGGACGGUACAAGAAUUACACUCCAAAUGCAUUGAUAGAUAUUGUCGCACGCAUAUUGGCUUUGAUUCCUCCAUGGACACGAAUCUAUAGAGUACAGAGAGAUAUCCCGAUGCCGUUGGUAACUUCGGGUGUCGAGAACGGUAAUUUAAGAGAACUAGCUUUGAGCCGGAUGAAAGAUUUUGGAACCACGUGCCGAGACGUGCGUACACGAGAAGUUGGAAUCAACGAGGUCAAGAACAAAAUUCGUCCAUCUCAAGUCGAACUUGUUCGACGGGACUACACAGCUAAUAAUGGUUGGGAAACAUUCUUAGCAUAUGAGGAUCCAAAGCAAGAUAUUCUUAUUGGUCUCCUUCGCCUGCGGAAGUGCUCGAAGACGUAUACCUUCAGACCGGAGCUUACUGGUCAGCCGACAAGUCUUGUACGAGAGCUCCACGUUUAUGGUUCUGCUGUCCCAGUUCAUGCCCGCGAUCCUCGAAAAUUUCAGCAUCAAGGAUAUGGUACCUUAUUGAUGGAAGAGGCCGAGCGUAUUGCGAGGGAUGAACAUGGAAGCAAAAAAAUCAGUGUCAUCUCUGGUGUUGGCACUAGAGAUUACUAUCGAAGAUUAGGCUACUGGCUUGACGGACCAUACAUGAGCAAAAUGAUCAAGCCUAGGAAUGAAGAAGAUGAUAGUGAUGAUGAUAUAUGA